UUAUCCUUGAUGGAAAAUAAUUUACAGGGAAGUAUACCAGCAGAGCUUGGAAAACUUCUAAACUUGGAAUUCCUACAGCUUUCUCAAAACAAUUUUUCUGGGGAGGUCCCACUUUCCAUUUACAAUUUAUCGUCACUGUAUCUACUUUCUUUCGCAAAGAACCAGUUGCAUGGUAGAAUUCCAUCUGAUGUUGGCUUCACUCUUCCUAAUCUUCGGUAUUUCUAUGUCCCUCUAAAUCAUUUUUAUGGAGAGAUACCAGCUUCUUUUCUAAAUGCUACCAAAUUAGAAAUGCUUGAAUUAGGGAAUAACAAUUUCAGUGGCGUGGUACCUUCAAACCUUGGAAGCCUAAGGAAUCUUCAAAUGCUAUAUCUCAUGGGAAAUCAGUUGGAAAGUGUAGAAGGAGAAGGUUUAGGUUUCAUAACUUCUUUAACUAAUUGCACCAACCUUCGCCGAUUGAGACUUGACGGCAAUAAUUUCGAAGGUGUAUUACCCCUUUCAAUUGCCAAUCUUUCAACUAAGCUUGAAAUGUUCGCCAUAGGUGCAAACCUACAGAUUUCAGGUAAAAUCCCCAAAGAGAUUGGGAAUCUGGUUGGCUUAGAGUAUCUGGUUAUAACUGCUUCCAGUAUUACAGGUGAAAUUCCUUCUUCUAUAUGCAAACUGGAAAAGCUAUCUGAUCUUGAACUACAGGCGAAUAGAAUUUCAGGGCCAAUUCCAUCCUUGCUUGGAAAUCUCACCCAACUUCAAUAUCUUAACCUAGAAGACAACAAUUUGAAGGGCCCGAUUCCUCCUAGUUUGGGAAAUUGUACACAACUUGAACAUCUUUACCUUGACAACAAUUCCUUGGGGUAAUAAAAAAUUUCUCUCAUUUCAGCCUUCUUUUUUUUAGCAAGAUUAUGAUGUUUAAUUAAUUGUUAAUAUAAAACUUCUCCUAGUUACUUUUAUAUGCUAAAGGAAAUAAUACAUCAAUUUUAUAAGU